CGUGUGUAGUGUUACAACAUUACCAGCUAUGGCAACUGGCAAAUUGCUUUAUUUUUUAAUCAGCUGCCACAGCUGGUAAAUGUUUUACGCUAUCUAUUUUUUAAGGAAUAAUGGAAGGAAAAGUAAACUGUCAUAAAUUUCUUGAUAACAUUCUUUAGUAUUAUGAGCGGUAACUAACUUCACCAGUUUAACUACUUGAGAGAACAUUUUUUGAUAUCCUAAUUUUCCAUCCACUAGUUUUUCCAAGUAAGCAGCUUGCGUAUCUAUCUCGGUCCAAGCUGUAGUCUUAGAGACAGUUGGCAUUCUUGCAGCCAUGUCUUUUGUUUAUAGAUCCAUAAUAUUGCAGCACUUGUUGUUACAUUUGUUUAAGGAAAAAGUAGAUUCGCAUAUGGCCUUUGGCAUUCUUAUUUUGUAUAAGUUGUCGACGUCGUAUGGCUAUUUUAUACUAGAUUAUCUUGCAUCACAGCACACAGGCACCAAUAGUUUUAUAUCGAUAAAAGCUUAUCUUCAUACUAAAUUAAGUACCACUGACCAUUUAAUCUCAAUGUAACCAAUAUUAAAUCCUAUCACCACUAACCUGAUUUGUUUAAAUUUUACAAGUCAUGUUAGCAAAAGUUACUUGCCAUAAGCCGACUUUGCAUAGAAUAAUACAUGAGAUUAGUUGAGCUAGCUUAUAAGUUCCAAAAUUGCUUCGUAAAGAAAAUACCCAUUCUUGUUCAAGCUUCAAUGCUACAACGUCACUUUUAAUGCGAAAAUAUAGAAAUAUCCUUUUCCGCGUCUAAGAGUUAAUCAGUUGAUCAUCGUUGACAAUCUCACGGGAUCGAAAUACUAUAUAUAGAAUAGGGUGGUAUGUGAGAUAGAAGGUGAAUUACCUAUAUCAAGAGUUUGAAAGCAUUUGAAUCCCCUCUUAUUAUUAGAAUUUCUUGGGACUUGCUGCAACAUAUCAUAAACUGCUUACGGAGCAGGUAAUACACUCUUGAAUUCUCUUGUUUACAAGUAGUAGAGAGCUUUAUAUCUUGCAAGAAGUCAGGGGAUGUUGUUUUAGUUUAGCAAUGAAGCUUACUGGAUGUUAUUUCAUUCUACGUGGUAGUUAUGUGUUUAUAAUUCGAUGUAUUUGAAACUUCAUCUGAAAUUCAAUUAGUGGCCGCCAUGAGAAAAAAAAGUCUCUCAGGAGACAAUCUCCCAAUUGGCUUGGGGUGUUGAUGUUGCUGUAUAAUUUAUUUGCAGAACCAUGGUGCAAUUUUCCUCUCUUUUUGAAGGACUUGCAAGGGGUGUUUCAUCGAAGGCCAGGAGCAUUAAGAAUGAUAAGGAAAGGGAAGCUGCUGAUUCAUUGGCAGAUGAGGCAAGGAAGAAUCACCUCAUUGUAAGAUGUCCUGGUGCAAAAACUGCAAGGUCCAAUGCUACUGCAUCCGUUUUCUCCAAGAAAGGGGAGAAAGGAAUAAACCAAGAUUGCUUGACAGUGUGGGAGGAGUUUGGUUGCCAACAAGAUAUGACGUUCUGUGGAAUUUUUGAUGGCCAUGGUCCCCUCGGUCAUUUUGUUGCUAAAUGUGUCAACAAAUCGUUGCCAUCUUUAUUGCUACGCAAUUGGCAGGAUUUCCUCGCUGUCCAUUCACUUGAAUUUGAUCUAGAUGCGGAAUUGAAUCAUUUGACUAAAAAAGCCCGAGAUUUUUCCAUAUGGAAGCAAGCAUAUUUAAGGACUUGCUCAGUCAUUGAUCAAGAAUUAGAGAGACAUCCAAGAGUCGACUCAUUUGAUAGUGGGACUACAGCUUUGGCAAUUGUUAGACAGGGUGAAACCCUCACUGUAGCUAAUGUUGGAGACUCUCGUGCUGUACUAGCUACAAUGGGUGAAAGUGGAAAAUUGGUGCCAGUUCAACUAACAGUCGACUUCAAGCCCAACUUACCACAGGAAGCAGAAAGAAUAGGGCUAUCAAGAGGACUAGUAUCUUGUUCUCAUGAUGAACCAGGGGUUUAUAGGCUCUGGCAGCCAAAUAAAGGAACCCCAGGGCUGGCACUAUCACGAGCGUUUGGAGAUCACUGCAUGAAAGAUUUUGGGCUUAUUUCUGAGCCUGAAGUUACAGAGAGGCACAUUACAAACAGAGACCAAUUUGCCAUCUUGGCAACUGAUGGGGUGUGGGAUGUUCUCUCCAAUGAAGAAGCUGUGCAGAUUGUUUCUUCAGCACCAACGAGGGAAAAAUCUGCAAAGAGGUUAGUGAAAUAUGCAGCUCAUGCAUGGAAAUCUAAGCGACCUGGUGUAGCCAUGGAUGACAUAUCCGCCAUCUGCAUGUAUUUCCACGGCUCUUUAACUUCCUAUCAAGUACAGAGAGCGCAUAAAAGUUGUAUAUAAGGGUGAGAUGUAGCCCCUCUUGUCCCGUGAAGUUUGUCACAUUUUUGAAAAAGUUGGUCUAUUCCCCUACCAGUUAAGUACAUGUUAUAAUGCACAUAACACUUAGGUGAGAAGAGUUAUUCUUUUUGAAACUUGUAUAUGGUCGCUAUUUUUGAAAAACAUGACAAACAUUACGGGAUAGAAGAAAGUAACUAGUGUAGCAUUGAGUUUGUAGGUGAACAAUUUGGAGUAGACACACGGGUUUACUACGUCUGUGAUGCUCCUGUUCCUGUUAUCAGAGUGUAUUUAGUAUUUACCUAGAAUUGUCUUGAAAAGAGAAGUGAACUAGUGAUGGUUAUAUAUAUAUUUCGACUUCGGUCGACGGUCA